GAGAGCCAGUACCCUGUACAGGGCUAGGGGUCUCCACCUGGUGGAGAAGGGAGCAGCUUUUUAUAGGGUGGUGGUCUGGGAUGAGGUAACCUGUGUUCUCUUCUUGGUCAAAAUUUGGGUUCUUGUGUCCAGUUCAUUGGAUGGCCCUAAGAGGGUUCAGAACCUUAGAAGUUCUCAGGCCUGAUGGUCAGUGAUUCGGGGACAUCAUUUGUCUAGGCCUGACAGCAGAUUCCUGAUGUUCUGCCAGGUAUUCCUGGCGCUUUGUAUCACUGUUUAGAUAGGUACUAGAGUGGGGGGGUGUUCUGGUCUUGCUGGGAAGGGAAAAGGGGUUUUGGUCCCAGGGUCUGUCAAAAAGCAGGUGCUUCUGGGUGACAUCACUGUAUUUGAUGAUCUUGAGCAACUUAAUCUCCAUUCUUUUGAGGGGAACUCUUUAGAGGGGUAUUUCUUUACUUUAGACUUAAAAACUGAAGAUGGGGGUGCAGCCAAGUGGCUCAGUGGAUUGAGAGUCAAUCCUAGAGAUGGGAGGUCCUGGGUUCAACUCCAGCCUCAGACACUUCCUAGCUGUGUGACCCUGGGCAAGUCACUUUAACUCCCAAUGUUUAGUCCUUACCACUGUGCCUUAGAACCAAUGUAUACUAUUGAUUCUAAGAUGGAAGGUGAAGGUUUUAAAAGAAACAAAAAAACAAAUUGAAGAUGUGCUCUGUCCUUUUGGCAUGUAGAAGAAAUUGAAUAUGAUAAUGCAGUUGUGGGGCUUUAGUCCAUGUGAGAAGGCAUUUCAAAGAAUUCUGCCUGGGAUUUUAUUCUUGGCUUAAUUACUUUAAGUAAAGUAUUUGACCAAAACAGAGGGGGAAGGAGUGUAAGGGUGGGAGGUCUCAAGAUGACCAGCCUUAUAGGUGGCUGCCCAGGUGGAAUAUCAAGCCCUGGGGUGGUUUGGAUGCAUGGAAGAAGUCUAGGCUGAAGAGGGCUUAUUCUAGUGGCAGUGGCAUUCCAGAUAAUAGAGGGUAAAACUUGAGGCAGAGAAGCAGGCAGGCUCCUUAGGUCCUGGCCUCUUGUACUAUUAGAGGACAGUGUGAUCUUGGAACUUCUAUGGUAGGGCAGGUGGGGCAGUGAGGACUACUAGGAACCACCCAGAUUAGAGGAAUUCCAAACAAGGAGUUGUCUUCUUUUCUCUGCAUUCUUCCCUUUGAGCCCAGAUUCCUCUGUUUCCUUGGAGGCUGACAUCUUUCUGCAUUCUGGUUCUAGCUCUAUCUGAAGGAAGAGCUUUUGCUGUCUGUUUCUCAUAGCUACCCUUUCCACUGAGCUUCAUCUUUUCUGUCUGAACUCAGAGGGUAUUCACAUAUGUCAGGACCAACUCUCCCUCCCAGACCUGCCUCCAGAGGCUCUUCUCUGCCCCUGCUCCUGUUGUGGGAAAGAGUCAAUAACAUUCAAGGAUGUGGCUGUGGACUUCAACCAGGAGGAGUGGGGCCUGUUGGACCAUUCUCAGAAAGAGCUGUUCAGGGAAGUCAUGCUGGAGAAUGUGCAGAAUGUACUCAUUGUAGGGCUUCCAGUUCCUAGAGAAAUUUUUAUCUCUUGUUUUCAGCAAGGGAAAGCACCAUGGCUGCUAGAGCAAAAAGGACCAAGAAACUCUUGUCCAGAGGCCGAGAGUAAUUUUGAAAUAAAGAUGUCUACAAAGCUGAGCCUUUUUGUGGAAGGAUCUAGCUCCCAGAGAUGCAUGAAUGAGGGUCCCUAUCACUUCAUUUUGAAAGAAAUCUGGGACUCUAAUAUUAAGGUAAAUAAAAUUCCAAAGAGUGACUGUCAAUUUAAUGAGAUUGGAGAGAAAUUCAGACAUUAUCCAGUUCAAAAUCAAUAUAUAGCAUUCACCUCAGGAAAUGACUGUUUUCAGGAUAGUGAAUAUAGGAAAUGCUAUCCUGAAAAAGUAGGACUUGUUGAUUCGAAUGAGAAACCUCUGAAAAUGCCCAUGUAUCAAGGGAACCUGGAGGGUAUGGGCUUGGGCUGGAGUUUAGACUUCAUUAGACAUCCAAAAAGUAAAAGUGUCAAAAUGGUUUCUGUAAGUAAUAGAAAUGAGAGACCUUCCAGUCAGAACUCGGAGCUUGCUGCACAUGAGAGAAUCCACACUGCAGACAAAACUUAUGAAUGUAUACACUGUGGAAAGACUUUCAGAUGGAGGGGCCAUCUUGCUCUACAUCAGAGAAUUCAUACUGGAGAGAAGCCUUAUGAAUGUAAACAGUGUGGAAAUGCUUUCACUCGGAAGGGCUCUCUUACUGCACAUCAGAGAAUCCACACUGGAGAGAAACCUUUUGAAUGUAAACACUGUGGAAAGGCUUUCACAGAGAAGGGCUCUCUUACUGCACAUCAGAGAAUCCACACUGGAGAGAAACCUUUUGAAUGUAAAAACUGUGGGAAAGUUUUCACAUGCAGUGGCCAUCUUACUCUACAUCAGAGAAUCCAUACUGGAGAGAAACCUUAUGAAUGUAAACACUGUGGAAAUGCUUUCACUCAGAGGGGCUCUCUUGCUGCACAUCAGAGAAUCCAUACUGGGGAGAAACCUUAUGAAUGUAAACACUGUGGAAAGUUUUUCACACAGAAGACCUAUCUUGCUAGACAUCAGAGAAUCCACACUGGAGAGAAAUCUUUUGAAUGUAAACACUGUGGAAAGUUAUUCACACAGAAGACCUAUCUUGCUAAACAUCAGAGAAUCCAUUCUGAAGGGAAAUCCUAUGAAUGUAAACAAUGUGGAAAGGCUUACUCCCAGAGAGUCUCUCUUGCUGAACAUCAGAGAAUCCACACUGGAGAGAAACCUUAUGAAUGUAAACUUUGUGGAAAGGCUUUCACAUGGAGAGAUUCUCUUGCUGCACAUCAGAGAAUCCACACUGGAGAAAAACCUUAUGAAUGUAAACACUGUGGAAAGACUUUCAUACAUAGGAGCUCUUUUGCUAGACAUCAGAGAAUCCACACUGGAGCAAAACCUCAUGAAAGUAAACACUGUGGAAAGGCUUUCACACAGAUGCACUAUUUUGCUGCACAUCAGAGAGUUCACACUGGAAAGAAAACUUUAUGUAUGUAAAUAGAAUGGAAAAGGCUUUCCCACAGAGGGGCAAUCUUGCUGCACAUCAAAGAAUCCAUAUUGGAAAGAAACCUUUUUGUGUGGAGUGAAAAAUUAGUGUCUUAUUCAUAAGGUAAUAGUUAUUAGUGUCUUAUUUGGUAAAACUGGUUCUUUCCCCCACCCAGAACCCCCCCAUCAAGCUACCCUCAAGGCAAGAUUAUCCUAUGCACACCCUUCUUUCUUUAGGUCAAACGCUUUACACCCUGUCAGUGUUUUGGCUGUUCUUAGCCCCCAAAGUAUCCCAUGAUCAAAUUUUAAGUACCCUUUUUCUCUUCGAAGUUCUUCCCAUUGUAUCAAAGGCUUGCCCCAGAUAGUCAAGCCCAAUUGCUGUAAUGAUACUCAAUACUUGAGUACCCAUUAUGGUAAAACCUCAUCCCCUCCCAGAUAAUCCAGUCCCCCUUCCUUUUUUUCUUUGUAUUUGUCUCCACCUUCCUGAUCAUUUCCUUCAAAUAUAAAUUUUCAUUCAUUGUACUCACUGUAAAACUAUUUAACUUGAUAAUCCUGUCCUUUAUUUCUGGAUUUCAACCAUUGUAAAAAUGUUAUAAUCCCUUCAUAGAGGAUUAAUUGUAUCAGCAUUCUCCUAUAAAGAAGGGAUUUUUCUAUGACUUUUUGGAAUAUUUGUCUUAGGUCAAUGACUUCAACUAGUGUUUCACAUUUUCUCUCUCUCAAUAAAGCAUUGCAUCUUAA